CCCACGGUACCAAGAAUGCCCUCAGCCUGGAUCUACACCUUCACUGCUGUCUACGCCCUGAUAGGCUGCGUCUUGGCCCACAUGGAGACGGUGGUGGGCGUGGCAGGCAGGACGGUGACGUUGCCCUGCCACUCCACGGCGAUGAGCCAGGACGGCGUGGGGGUGUGCUGGGGCAGGGGCCAACCCACAGUGUUCACCUGCCAACGAGCCGUGAUAGACACUUCUGGAACUACAGUUCUCUACAGGAAGUCAUCCAGGUACACUUUAUCCUCCAGGGUGUCGCAGGGUGAUGUGUCUCUGUCCAUCCAUCAGACCAGACUGUCAGACUCUGGUUUCUACCACUGCAGGAUCCAGUUGCCCGGCCUCUUCAAUGACCAGACAUCCUCCAUUCACCUCAUUAUCGUAAACGCAGGUGGCGUGACCGCUGACCCACAGCUCCCAGUUCCCAGUAAGCCCUUCAUACAAACACCAGUGGUUACUCACAUGGAGGCGGAGACCACCUCCUAUACGACUCCCAGUUAUACAGGAAGUGAUGUCGCAGGGGAGGAGACUAUGGUGCCCAAGGUGGCGCAGGUCAAGACCCCUAAGGAGGAAGCCUCCCUUCAUCUUCACAGACUGGAGGCUUUCUUAGGAAACACACUCAGACUGGCAUUUGUCGUCUUCAUCCCAGCCCUGCUACUGCUCACUGCCUACAGGCUGUUGAGAUCCAAACACAGAGACGAGACCUUCAGAAGACAGACUGCCUCUGAUCUGGAGGGUAUCUACCACCUGUAGCAUCAACACUGUGUGUGUGUUUCCAUUUACAGGUCAUCAACAUAUUCAUAAGACUAUACAGGUGACUGGGUGGAGAUGUUCUCCACACAGAACCAGAGCAGAAUAAACUGUACGUCCAAGCUCAACAUCAACACAGAUGAGGUUACAUAAGCCAAUUCAAAAACAGCACACAGGAUAACACGUUAUGCUGCUGUGUAUGUCAACAUGUGUAAUAUGCUGUGAAUUAUAAACUACACUGUGAUGUAUUGUCUGUCUGUAAGAGACUGAUUGAUGAGUUUUCAUUAUUUUU